AAUAAUAUUUCCAUGUUGUGAAACCUCCAAGAGGGUGGAACCGGAUGAAAGACAGUACCAAUCUUUUUACGUUAAAACUAUUGUUCUGCAUAUAUUCUGUUGGUAACUAAAGAUUGUGAGAAGCAGUGAGUCAGAGACUGGAAGAUUCAUAAAGCAAAUGAAAGCUAUAUAAAGGUGAAGCAGGUGUGUGAUAUACUGCAAAGAAAACUCUUCUAGGGGCAAGUUAAAAAGGGAAUGAAGAACCUCCCAUUUCUCCUGCUAUUAUAUGCAGCGCUUUCUCAUGCUUUUCCUGCACAUACAAGGCAAAAGAAAGAAGACGGCAUGCAGCUUAUCCAGAAGUACUUGGAAAAUUACUACGGCUUUAAGAAAGAUGGAGAAUCUUUCAUUUGGAAAAGUAACAGUGCAAUGGCCAAGAAAAUAAAAGAAAUGCAGGAAUUCUUUGGGCUGGAAGUGACAGGGAGACCAGAUUCCAGCACUUUGGACCUAGUGCAGAAACGUCGCUGUGGAUUCCCUGAUGUAGCUGGGUUCUCCACCUUUGCAGGAGAGCCAAAAUGGGCAAAACAAGUUCUGACAUACAGGAUAUUAAACUACACACCAGACUUACACCCAGCAGAUGUCAAUGCAGCAAUCAAGAAAGCCUUCAGCAUUUGGAGCAGUGUGACCCCACUGAAAUUCAUCAAGAAGGACAGAGGUGAUGCAGACAUAAUGAUCUCCUUUGUAACUGGAGGUAAAAGUCACAACGAUUUCAUCCCCUUUGACGGCCCAGGAGGGUCUGUUGCUCAUGCCUACGCACCUGGCAAGGACUUUGGUGGAGAUGCACAUUUUGAUGAGGAUGAAACCUGGACCAAAAGCACAGAAGGUGCAAACCUGUUUUAUGUGGCUGCCCACGAGUUUGGACAUUCACUUGGACUUUUCCAUUCCAAAGACCCCAAUGCUCUAAUGUACCCAGUUUAUAGGAAAUUUGACCCUUCAGUCUUCCCUCUUCAUCAGGAUGAUAUUAAUGGCAUUCAGUCCCUCUAUGGACCUUCUCCUAACACCUCUAAUGACCAAAGAGAAUCUGCUGAGAUAAAGGAUCCAACUGAAUCAAAAGAACCUGUACUGCCAAACUCCUGUGGCCCUGAAUUAACUUUUGAUGCUGUCACCACUUUCCGUGGGGAGAUAAUAUUAUUUAAAGACAAGCAUUUUUGGCGCAAGCAUCCUGCAGUCAGAGAAGUUGAUUUCGAUUUGGUAUCUUCAUUCUGGCCACGGCUGCCAUCUGGUGUUGAUGCUGCAUAUGAAAUUCCUGAGGAAGACAGAAUUCUCCUCUUUAAAGGGAAUGAAUUCUGGGUUGUGAGAGGAGAUACCAUACUACCUGGAUAUCCACAAAAACUCUACAGCCUUGGAUUUUCAAAGGAUGUUGCCAAAAUUGAUGCUGCUUUUUAUGACAGAAAUAAGGGGAAAGCAUAUUACUUCACAGCGGACAAAUUUUGGAGUUACGAUAAAAGAAAUCAGUCCAUGGACAGGAAGCCGAAACUGAUAAAAGAUGCAUUUCCAGGAAUUAAUGGGAAAGUUGAUGCCGUUUUUCAACAUGAAAACUUCCUUUAUUUCUUUCAAGGAAGAAAGCAAUUUGAGUUUGACCCUGAUAAGAGGAGAGUUACACGCCUGCUAAAGGCAAACUUCUGGUUUCCUUGUUAAGAAAACAAAAUCUACAAUGGUGUAGGAAAGAAUGCAGUGUUAUUGCACUGUAAACACUAUUUCUUUUAUAAAUAUAUGAAACAUACAGGUGCUUCAGACUCAGUCAUCACACCUCACCUUCUGCAUAGUCAUUCUGUGCUUCCGUAAAUAAUUGAAGAACAGUAUUUAGCAUACCGAUAUGUAUAUAUGUACAUAAUUAACAUCAGCAUGGCUAACUUAGAAAAAAAGAUACAGUUCUUCUGAUAGAAAAUUGUGUUAUUUCACCUUUUCCACAGUCUUCUUUUCAGUUUUCGUACCUUACAUCACCCCACAAAAAGUACUAUCAGGCAGCAGUUCAUGAGGAAUGGCAUUUCUGUUCCAAAAGCUAGGAAUGCUAUCAACCAAGUUUAGAUAUUUUCAAGCUAAACAAGCAGGCUAAUCAGUGUUAUAGAGAAACAGACAGGAGUUCCAGAAAGCAAGUUCUCCCAACCUGAGGUGCGUACACAGGGAUGGAAGUGCUUCUUUCUCAUCACUGGCUGCAGUGCCAGCCUAUUUGAGCAUUUUGUGUUAGAUACUUGAUUACAUGUAAGUGGUUAAAACUGGAUGUGAUGAAUCCUCCUACCCUAAGAUAUUUAUUGACAUGUAUGUAAUUAAAAGCUCAUGUCCACAAACAUGGGAGCCAAGGAGCACAGUGAUAUGUGGGGGAGUCCCUAUCACCCCUGAUUUGUCCCCUGCCCAUCUGGCUGUCCCAGGGAAGCCUCAAACUGCACAGACAAUAGCAAGGAGACUCCACAGCCUCUCUGGGCAACUUGUAUUAGUGCUCUGCCACUAACGUGGUCACUGAAACUCCUUUGUUUUAGUAUGCAUCUUUUGUCAGGACAAGAGUAUGACAUUUAUACAUACAAUUGUUUUGUAUUAUUGCAAUUAUUCAACAUACAUUAUGGAACAUUUUUUCUGACAUAUUUUUAAAACCUCUAGUAGCAGGACUACUCAAACGGGACACUCCAGUGUGAAUUUAGACCAUGAGCAAAUUUAAUCUGAAUUUCAUCAAGGUCCAAAACACAGUACUGCAUACUCAGUCUUGCAAAAAAGGACGAAAGUAUUGCCAUUUGUUCCUGCAGCAAACAGUGCAAAUGAUGCUGCCAUACCCUGCUGUAGAGGUGACAAACAGGGCUUUGCUGCACUGGUAAAACUGGAGACAAAAUGAUUAAUUUGAGAUACAUCACCUCCAAAAAUAAGAAACGAGUAGGUCUAGUUGGUGUCUGAUAUUGCCAAAGUCGGAGAAACAAGUUCAAAACUUCUAACUUUAAUGUUAGGAAGAAUUCAGUAAGAAAGCUUUCGGUGAUGUUAAUUUGUUCCUUGUUAUUUAACUCAUGCUGGUUUUGUUUCUUAAUUCAGUUUUCCCUUCAUGUUUCUGGUGCAGUUUUCUGAGUGGUCCUAUAACCACAAAAUGUUUUAAUGUCUUAAUCAGUCCGUGGUCUCAGCUACAAUAGUAAAAGCCAAAAAUAUGCAUGGGUGGCUUGGCUCACGCAUUAUAGGUUUUUAUUUCCUGAAGGAAUUCUCUGCCUCUGGAUUUGGGUGAGUUCCUUCAGUUCUUCCUACUGCUCUUUCUUCACAUCUGCGCACUCCAUGCCACUGCCACUGGGGCUAACUGCUUUAGAUCAUGUUAUUUUAAAUGUGAUAAUCUCUUCUGACUCUGAUUUUUCAGAUGUUUUUUGAAAUAUUCUCUUUCACGUGAGGUUAUAAUUCUCAAAGCAAAGUAGGCCUGUCGCAGAACUGUCAUGAUUGUUCUGACUCUUAGAUACUUUCUAUUUCUUCAUUUUUUAUGAUUUCUGGGACGCUUUCCUUCAUUAUUUCACCUAUGAGAUGCACAGAUGAUCAUGCUAAUUAUUGAUUAGGAAGUCUUGGAUAUGUAGCAGAAGUAGAGCUUCACUGAUUCUACUACUAUCUGUCUUAAAAUAAUUUAGGUGUUUGGUUUUUUUGCUUUUUUUUGUUUUAACUGUUGUACGGUGGUGUCUUUAUUUUUCUUCCCAAAUCUUAGUUUGAAAAUCCCUGGUACUACUGGCAAGUCAACCUCAUCAUUUGUGUGAAAAAAGAAUUUUUAACCAAAGAUUAUUGACCUGCAUUUCAGAUCUUGAACUCUUCUGAGAUAUACUUUGAGACCUGGACUCCUUGCUGAUACAUUCAUUGUCUGUGGCACCCUCAGACCAAGUGCUUCAGUAACAAGUUUCUUGAAUUUCUUGUGUAUUUCCACAUAUGCCAGAUUUCUAGCCUGUUUGCAUCAAAAUUGGGUGAAGAUGAAAUUAUCUUCACAAAGAACAAGAUUAUCAUGUGAUUCUUUCUCCUCUAGAAUUCAGAUCACAAAAAAGAGUAAUUUCUUUAAUAGUGUAUUUUUCUUCAAUGAUUUCAUUUUUUUUUUCACUGUCUUGUUCUGGAAGGUAUUUUUUCUACAUUUGAACAUAUCUAUUUGUUUUCUAUUCACCAAGGACUCCAUAGUGCUUUGAUCAAACAUAAUCCAGGACGCCCAACCUGGAAGACCUAACAAUAUGUACUCCAAGAAAAGCAGUUUGUUCAGGAUGCUGUUUUUCAUACCUUGUACUGGUUUUCUUGGUUUCACACAGUCAUCCUCACUGGUAGACACAAAUCUCCUUUGAUACUGUUCUUAAUACGAUUAUGUAUGUAUUAUCACAAUAGUUAAGGUGUUGUAUUGAACUGAAAAACCAUUGUAUGAUGACUUGGAAAUUCAGAACUAAAAGGCCCCAGACAACCACAUAAGUAAAAUAGACAAAGGUGAUAAAAUUGUGCUGACUGAAAAGAUCCCUUGCUCCCUGUCAGCAUGACAACUGACCCUGCAGGUUCACAAGCAGUCGCUCACAGUGAGAUGCUUUAGUGUUAGUGCCAUGCCUCCAGAGGGGAGUCUGUGAGCAUGUUGCAAUGCCAGUAUGUCCCAAGUGGGCCAGCACCCCUGGGCACAUGCAGACUGAAUUUUCAGAUUAGCGUAGGGAAAUUUAUCUCUUAUUGCUGCCUCUUCCAGGCUAAUUUUUACAACUUUACAUCUUCUAUGACAAUUGCAGUGUUUAGAGGUGAAGGAUUUCAAGCUCGAGAGGUCAGCUCUGAAGGCAUCCCAAGACCUGCCUGCCAGCAGGGAAAUCCAGCCCAGGACAGAACAGAGCAGUUUCCCAGCCCAGGCAGCAGCUUCUGCAGAGAGGAAGAAACUGAUUAGAUUUUCCAGUGUGUUCAGGAAACAGGUACUUGGCAUGAAAAGUGGCAUUCCUUCCCUUCUCCUUAAAGUGUUACUGAUUUCAGUGAUGAUGCCCUGCCUGAGAGUUGUCCAAGUCACUGAGGUGUAACUCAGGCACUACCCCAGUCUGUGAGCCAUCACGUUGCAUUGCUUUUCUACAAUAGAAUAAUUAGAGCUGAUUCAGCACCUAUCACAUCCUGAGCACUAUC